GACAACGGCUCUCAGUGGCGAGCGCGCCUCACAUUCCACCUCUUUCUGGCCGACACAGUCCGUCCCGUGAGUAGCUGCUCGCGCUCGCUCUUGCAUUUAUUAUCCGUGACUGUGCGCUGUCUGACGAGGCCUCACUUCUCGUCGUCGCGGUUUCAAGUUCCCACAGGGCCCGAACGCCUCAGAUUCGCAUUUUGGAAUUCGCUUCGAGCGCAAUUGACGUCUCGACCGAUCGGCUCCGGGCCAAAUCCAUUGAAAUUCUAGUAAUUCGCUUUUUGUUGUGAAAUUCGUGGCCGUGCGUGUGUGUGAGUCAGUUUUCAUCGACUUCCGUCCAUUUGUGGUUUUUUCUGUUCUUUCAUUUCGUGGUGAAGUCGUGCGAGCGACAGAGAAGGCGGCUGUGUUUGCGAAUCAGUCUCCCAGCCAACGGGAAUCCGAGAGCUCAGUGGAGAGAGAAAAACAAAAAAGAAAAAGUGCUUCGACAGCAGCAGCCUGAAAUUGUGUGAAAAAAUUUAGUUUCCUGUGGUGCGUUCGCGUAACCUUCGAGUGAGCAAAUCGUUUAGGAACGACGGGCAGCAAGUGCAUGUGGUGUGCAUUCUAGUUGGCGGACAAUCGCGGAGCUGGGAAAAAGCUGAGGUCGCUCACGGAUGUGCGAGUCGCCCGAGUCGCAUCUGACAGCAGCAGCGCGAGAAAAUUCCUCGGCAGACCCCAGUUCGGUGGCAGCAGACGCGACCGCGAUCGCAUCCCGCUUUCCCUGAACCCGUCCACCGCAGCGGACACGCGCCUUUCAUUUCGACACCCAACGGCACCUUCGGACUCCUGCGAUGGCCAGGCAAAAUUCAUAUAGCUCGCCUGGGAACAAGCAAAACACCUUGGAGGAGAUAUGGACCGACCUGAAGAAGGGCAUUACCGAGAUCUAUGCGAAGGAUAGGAACCUGUCGUAUCCCCGGUACAUGGGACUCUACACAUACGUCCACGACUACUGUACGAGCGUGCACCAGUCGACGAGCCGCGCGACACCUCCAACUAAGCAACGGGGAAAGGCCAACACUCUGGCCCCUAUAGGAGGUGCUCAAUUAGUAGGACAUGAAUUAUAUAAAAGGCUGAAUCAAUUUCUCGAAGACUAUUUAACAGAAUUACUAAAGAAACGCGAUAAUCGCGUUAGUGAGGAACUUCUCACUUUUUAUACACAAGAAUGGGAAGCUUACCAGUUUUCAAGUCGUGUACUGCACGGCGUCUGUGCUUAUUUGAACAGGCAUUGGGUCAAGAGAGAGUGCGAGGAAGGUCGCAAAGACAUUUAUGAGAUUUAUCAAUUAGCUCUUGUAACAUGGCGAGGUCAUUUGUUCAAAGAAUUAAGUGAGCAGGUAACAAAUGCUGUUCUGGAGCUGAUUGAGAAGGAGCGAAACGGCGAAACCAUCAAUUCGCGACUGGUUUCUGGUGUUAUUAAUUGCUAUGUCGAGCUUGGCGUUGGCGAGGACGAUCUAAACAGCAAAGAACAAACGCUCAAUGUAUAUAAGGAAAGUUUCGAAAAUAUAUUCUUGAAGGAUACAGAAACGUUCUAUGGAAGAGAGAGCGCAGAGUUUUUGCGCGAUAAUACCGUGACAGAAUAUAUGAAGCGAGUGGAGCGACGCUUGAAGGAAGAACAGAAGAGGGUACAGAUCUAUCUGCACGAGAGCACUUCCGAACGCUUGGCUAUGACCUGCCAGCGUGUUUUGAUACAAAAACAUUUGCAUAUAUUCCAAACUGAGUUCCAGUUGUUGCUCAAUGCAGAUAAGGAUGAAGACCUGGGUCGGAUGUAUUCUUUAGUCUCACAAAUUUCUGAAGGUCUAAUUGAGCUCAAAAUCAUUUUGGAGGAUCAUAUUCAAAACGAGGGUACCGCAGCCAUUGAGAAAUGUGGUGCGCCUGACACGAUUGAUCCUAAAAUAUACGUUCAAACUAUUCUUGGUGUCCAUCAAAAGUACAAUGCUCUGGUGUUGACUGCAUUUAAAAAUGACAAAGGCUUUGUUGCUGCCUUGGAUAAGGCCUGCGGUAAAUUCAUCAAUACAAAUGCAGUGACAACAGCUAGCAAAAGUACAAGUAAAAGUCCAGAAUUAUUGGCAAAAUAUUGUGAUUUACUUUUGAAAAAGUCCAGUAAAAAUCCAGAAGAAGCUGAAUUAGAAGAUACAUUGAAUCAAGUUAUGGUAGUAUUUAAAUACAUCGAAGAUAAAGACGUUUUCCAGAAAUUCUAUAGUAAAAUGCUUGCCAAACGACUGGUCCAUCACACAUCGGCUAGUGAUGAUGCCGAGGCAUCUAUGAUAUCAAAAUUGAAGCAGGCCUGCGGUUACGAGUAUACAAUUAAGCUGCAAAGAAUGUUCCAGGAUAUCGGCGUUUCGAAAGAUCUCAAUGAACGCUUCCGGGAGCACUUGAAAACAGCAAAUAUUUCAAUUGAAGUUGACUUCACAAUUCAAGUUCUUUCAAGCGGAUCUUGGCCUUUCAAUCAAAGCACUUCAUUCAAUCUCCCGACUGAGCUCGAACGAUCUGUGCAGACGUUCAAUAAUUUCUAUGCCACACAGCAUUCAGGUCGUAAGCUAAAUUGGCUGUAUAACAUGUGCAAGGGGGAGCUGGUGACUAAUUGUUUCAAAAAUAGAUAUACGUUACAGGCAAGUACCUUCCAAAUGGCCGUCUUACUUCAAUUCAAUGACCAACUCAGUUUGUCAGUGCAGCAAUUGGAAGAUCAUACAAAAAUCAGUCAUGAAAGUUUAAUCCAAGUCCUCCAAAUUCUGCUGAAAGCAAAACUUCUGACAUGUACCGACGAUGAAUCAAAUUUGACACCGAACUCUAUCAUGGAAUUGUAUUUUGAGUUCAAAAACAAAAAGUUACGAAUCAACAUAAAUAUUCCGCUGAAAACUGAACUUAAGGUCGAACAAGAAGCCACCCACAAACAUAUUGAUGAAGAUCGCAAGAUACUCAUACAAGCCGCCAUAGUAAGAAUCAUGAAAAUGCGUAAAAUGCUCAAUCACACACAGCUUGUGGGUGAGGUCUUAAAUCAACUGUCAACACGAUUUAAGCCAAAAGUUCCUGUUAUUAAAAAAUGCAUCGAUGUCCUUAUUGAAAAGGAAUAUUUGGAAAGGAUGGAAGGACAAAAGGAUACGUACAGCUAUUUAGCGUGAUUAAAAUAAUUAGGCAUUUUAUAUAAAACGGUAGCUCCUUUCUCAUUACUUAAUCCAACUUAAAUAUAAUUAUUAUUUUUAACCAAUAAUUGGUAAUAAACAAUGAGAAAAAAAUAAUAAUUUCAAUGGGCUCGAA